AACUGGACACCCUUCAGACUGCAGGUUAGUUCUACCAGAGCCAGCGCUGCCCACAGGAUGGGUGCCCGCAACAUGUCCUGGAUCCGGUACCCGAGCCAGGUGUCCCCUGCUGUGGAGGAUGUCAUCGCCUCACAGAGCAUCGUGUCCAGGUGUGCCCAGGUCUACCUGGUCCUGUGUGUCCCGCUCAGCUUGGCCGCAGGGCUCUUCAACCUCACUGCCCUGGUCCGGGACCGCACCAGCCUGGGAGCCCUGAGUGUGCUCCUCCUGGGUCUCACGGUCACCAGCCUUCUGGGAACACUGCUGUCCCUCAGUGCAGCCGGCAGGCCCGACUACCUGCUCACCACGAACCUGGGCUGCGCGGCCCUCUGCUUCCUUGCCAACAUCUGCUACUUCCACAGCCAGUACCUGCAGCUGGCCAUGUGCGCCCUGUCCUUGCAGCCUGGCUCCCCGGCCCGUCUGCUCACGGCCGUCCAGGGUGCUCCCCGGCCUGCAGGGGGCCUGGCUGUCCUCCUGGGCUGUGCUCUCUGUAGCUCUUUGGUGCUGGUAGCCCUCCUGGGAACAGCUGGGGACCUCCACAAGAUGACUGCGUGCCAGCUAGACCUGCUGGCAGCUUGGCCUGAGUACGAGAUUGUCAAGUUCAGCCUGGGCCUUGGGCUCGCGCUGGCCUUCAAGCUGGGAUGCCUCAUUCUGUGCACGGUCCCAGCGGCCAGGCAGGCCACUCCGGCCCUCGGAGACUUGGCCCGGGCCUGCCCGGUGGUGCCGGCCCUGGCCCUGACCAUGCUGGCCUGCAGGCUGCCGUACAACGCAGCACUGCUGCGGCGGGCCAGCCUGAAGCUGCAGCAGGACGUCGGCUCCCCGCGGCACGAGCUGUUCAUGAGUCUGGCUGAGCUGCUGCUAGGCGGGGAGAGCUGCGCCAGUUCCCUGGCCACCCUGGCUCUGCACCCACCCUGCAGGCAGGCUCUCCUCUGCACAGUGGAGCGGCUCACUCGGAAAUGCCGGGGACGAGGUGCUGAGUGCGUCUCCCUGGGCAGGAUGAAGGCUGAGGCCAGCGGCCCACCUGCCGGACACAGCCACAGUGGCCCUCAACAGAGGCUCUCUGGGGUUGAGGAAACACCAGCCCUCAGCUGA